AUGGCUCAGUGUGUGAGGUCAACUCUAGAUCCUUUGAGAACACCCAAGAGCGUUACUAGGACAGUGUCUGUAAAAACCCCAGCUUUUGCGUCAGUCUCGUUCUUGAGAACAUUACCGAAGUUCAAGAAAUACCCAAAACCCUGUUCAUUGGUUAUGGCUUGCUAGGGCAAGGCCCAAAACCAGCAGGAGGGGAGACCACAACUGUCUCUUGAUGAUUUAGUCACGAGUAACCGAAAGGGAGAGGUUCUUGGCACAAUCAAAGACUCGCUGUCAAAUUGUCUCUCUGAGACGAAUCUUCUAGAGACUGUUCCUGGUCUGAAAUCUAGAAUCAGGGGAAAGGUCAGAGAUAUUUAUGAUGCUGGUGAUUAUCUGGUUCUUAUUACAACUGAUCGGUUGAGUGCAUUCGACAGAAAUCUUGCUUCAAUUCCCUUCAAAGGCCAGGUUCUUAAUGAGACAAGUUUGUGGUGGUUCAAUAACACACAGCACAUAACUCCAAAUGCAAUUGUUUCAUCUCCUGAUAGAAAUGUUGUUAUCGCAAAGAAAUGCUCGGUUUUUCCCAUAGAGUUUGUGGUUAGAGGAUAUGUGACUGGAAGUACUGACACGUCAUUAUGGACGGUUUACAAUAAAGGUGUUCGGAACUACUGUGGGAAUGAGCUCUCAUAUGGAUUAGUAAAAAACCAGAAGCUUCCAGCUAAUAUACUUACACCAACAACUAAGGCAGCGGAUCAUGAUGUGCCCAUCUCUCCAAAUGAGAUAGUUGAACGUGGAUUCAUGACUCAAGCUGAUUUUGAUGAAGCAAGUAUGAAAGCUUUGAGCUUGUUUGAGUUUGGGCAGCGGGUUGCCAAGCAUCAUGGACUGAUACUGGUGGACACAAAGUAUGAGUUUGGAAGAAGUAGUGAUGGCUCAAUCUUAUUGAUUGAUGAGAUUCAUACACCCGAUUCCAGCAGAUACUGGCUUGCAGGUUCAUAUGAAGAGCGCUUUCAAAAAGGCCUGGAGCCUGAAAAUGUUGAUAAGGAGUUUCUAAGAUUGUGGUUCAAAGAGAACUGCAAUCCGUAUGAGGACGAGAUCCUGCCAGCUGCCCCUGCAGAACUCGUGACUGAAUUAGCUUGGCGGUACAUUUUCUUGUAUGAAACUAUUACUGGAUCAAGAACUGACAUUAUUCCAACUCAGGAACCGAUACAUGACCGGAUCUCAAGAAACACAAGACAAACACUUUCAUCUCUCGGUCAACUUUGAUCUUUAAUAACC